AUGAAUUGCCUAGGUCUCAGAAACGCUGGGUUAAGUGGUAUAAACAGAUUUUUUAAGAGAUCUCUUAGUGCACAAUAUUCUCAUGCAUUGAUUGGGGGUGGUGUAGUUGGGUUGGCGAUUGCAGCAGAGUUAAGCAAGGUGAAAUCUAAUCGAGUAAUACUGCUCGAAAAAAAUGAUAGGAUUGGUAUGGAUGUAUCUAGCCACAAUAGUGAAGUUAUUCAUGCCGGAUUGUAUUAUCCACCAGAUUCCUUAAAGAGCAAGCUGUGCAUACAGGGUAAAAAAAUCAUAUACAAUGAGUUGGAUCCUGUGAAGACUGGAGUGAAUUGGAUCAAUUGUGGGAAAUGGAUUGUUGCACAAACGGAUUACGAAGACGCUGUCUUAGAGGGCCUCUAUUAUAAGUGCAAGAACGAAUUGGGAGUGGACGUGGAGAUGAUGACGUCUUUAGAGGCAAUGAAGAAGGAAAAAUUCAUUCAAGUGCAGAGAUCUGUACUCAAUUCUCCAACUACAGGUAUUAUCGAUUCGCAUUCGUUGAUGGAAUACCUCCUAGCGAUCAUUGAAGCCAACGAUGGUGAAGUAAUUUAUGGUUCCGAGGUGGUAAAUUUACAGUACGAAGCUGGUUGUGGGUACACUGUCACCGUAAAAGAUCAUUUUAGUGACAGCCAGGAGCUGACAGACGUUAGUACAGAAAAUCUGGUUAAUGCAGCUGGUCUUUACGCUGACAGAAUAAGCAAAAUGCUUUUGCCGCCAGAGAGACAUCUUAAACAGUACUAUGCCAAGGGAAACUACUUCAAAUUAACUUCAGCUGGGUUCCCCGGUGUGCGCAGAUUGAUCUAUCCAGUUCCACCUAAGAAUGGUAAAUCGCUGGGAACGCAUCUUACCAUUGACAUGGAUUACCAAAUGAAAUUUGGGCCAGAUUUGGAAUAUGUGGAUUCGCCAACAGACUAUGCUGCUAAUGGCGCUAGUAUCCCAACAGCUUUUAAAGCUAUUAGCAGAUACUAUCCAUAUAUUGGACCCGACGACUUAGAAGUCGUUGGCAGCGGUAUAAGACCCAAAUUGGCCGCCCCUGGUGAUGGCGAAUUUAAAGAUUUUUACAUUAAACAAGAAGAGGGAUUUCCUGGAUUUGUCAACCUCCUGGGAAUAGAAUCUCCUGGUCUCACUUCAAGUGUAGCUAUCGGUAGAUAUGUGAAAGACAUUUAUCACACAUGA